CGGAGCGGGCGGAGGUUCCUCCCGGUUGGCUUUUUCCACUUUACCAAGGGUGGCCUUGCACAGACUCGCCAUGGCUGAGGAAAAGCGGGGCGCGCUCCUGAAGGCCCGGGACAGGACUCUGGGCGUCUUCCGCGAAGAUGCAGAGCAAGAAUGGAAAGCUCCCUUCUACUUCAUUCAAGGGGCAGAUCCUCAGUUUGGUUUGAUGAAAGCGUAUGCCAUUGGGGACUGCAGCAGUGGAGGUGACGAAUGGGGAGAAGAACUCAGGUUAACCCAGCAAGCCGUGCGAGCAAUCAACCAGCUGAACCCCAGACCAAAAUUCCUUGUCCUCUGUGGGGAUCUCAUCCAUGGUAUGCCAGGGACACCAUGGCGAGAGGCACAGACCCGCGACCUGAAGGACGCCCUGAGUGGUGUGCAUCAUGACAUCCCCCUGGUUUUUGUCAGUGGCAAUCAUGACCUUGGGAACACACCAACCCCAGAGACAAUUGAGCAUUUUUGCCAGGAGUGGGGGGAUGAUUACUUCAGCUUUUGGGUUGGAGGCAUCUUCUUCCUCGUGUUGAACUCUCAGCUUUACUUCGAUGCUUCCAAAUGCCCGGAACUGAAGACCGCUCAGGAUGCUUGGCUUAGCCACCAGCUUGCCAUCGCCACAGAGAGGAAGUGCAAGCAUGUCAUCGUGUUUCAGCAUAUCCCCCUGUUUCUCAAAGACCCCAAUGAAGACCAUGACUACUUCAACCUGGAAGAGUCCAUUCGACACGAACUGUUGGAAAAAUUCCACAAAGCAGGUGUUAAAGCCGUGUUUUCUGGGCACUACCACAGAAAUGCCGGGGGCUUGCACCAUGGCCUCGACAUGGUGGUGUCAUCUGCCAUAGGAUGCCAGCUAGGAGAAGACACCCAUGGGGUGAGAGUGGUCGCCGUCACUGCCGAAAAGAUCGCUCACAGAUACUACAGUUUAGAUGAACUGAGUAGCCCUCAAAGAAUGGAAGAAGAGCUGCUGGCCUUGAUGAAGCAAAAUUAGCCCUUGUAACUUGGUGGGCCAGGAAAUAAAUGUGACCAAUCCAUCCAGGUAUGUGGUGGUGUCCCUCGCCUUCGGCCUCCCUCUGUAUUUCUCCGAUUCAAAAAGCAAUGAUUCUCAUCCAGUUGGCCAAUUAGUGAGCACCUACACCAGCAGAACAGCAUCGGCCAGCUGCCGGUUGGACUCCCUUUCAAGAUGUGUUUCAGUUUAAUCCGUAUUACAAAAGAAAUGAGCAGGCUGUUGGUCCUGCCAUUAAGAGAGGAUCUUCUAAGAAAGCACUGCCCUUGGAAUCAGUAGCUUUCUCGUGGCGUUUAGAUGCUUUCACAGACCAAAGCAGGAGAAGCUCAGGGACGUGCCAAUCGACAGUGAGAGGCUGCAACGAACGGAAUUCCACAUCAUGGAACGAAGACGAGGUUGAGCCGCGAUUCCGAGAGCAAACUCUGCCCAGACGCCUGUGAUUGUGUCAUGGCUUUGAUGAAGCUUAAAUGCUGCAUGCAAGUCUCUAAGGCAGAUGGGGAUAAAGGGGAGGGCCAGCGUGGCUUUGUCUGUCCCGCAUCCUCCCCAGCUGGGAAAGGCGCAGGUGGCCACAAAGCUCAGCUCCUCCUCCAGCCCUCUGUCGGAGAGUCCUCUGGCCCCGAUCUGUACGUCUGGCCCACCAUUCGCCCUGCUGUAACAGGCAAGGACCACGGGAUUGGCCAGACUCUGCCGCAGCUCCCUUGGUGCCCGUUCCCCUCCAGCCUCACCGAGAUUUGGACAUGCCUGGUUAAUAUACCCACAAACAGGCAGGAGGAGCUCUCCCUCAAUCGUGAGUGGGGGACAUACGGCCCACCACUUGCUGGUGGACUACAGCUCCCAUCAUUCCCAGCCCCCACCCGCCUGGGGCUUGUGAGAGCAGUAGUCCAACAGCAUUCCAAGGGUCACCCCCAAUGGCAGGGCUCAUGACCCCCCCCCACCUGCUGCCUCCUCCCCAUGAGCUCACACUUGGCGGGUUUCGCAGGGUGGGGGCCUGCAUUCUUUGGAUGGUUCCAGAUGUGCCUGGGGUGGCAUCCUCCCCAGGGUGUUCUCAGAGGGAGGUGGCUGCCCUCUGACGCAGCCGCCUGCUUCUUCCGGCAGCCAUCUUCGUUGGCAGCCUCAAACGCCUGUUUUACUGUUCUGUGGAACGGGCCCCUCGCAGCAGCCCCCCCGCAUGCCUGAACUUAACAUGCAUGCCAGGGAGCUGCAGUGGGGGAAACUGAUGGGCGUCUCACCCAUUAAUAUUUCCUGACUGCAAUGGAAAGUGUGUGAUUGCCAAGAGGAUUUAUUUCUGAUGGCCACAAAGAUUUCUGGACUUGCAUGUGCAAGACGGCUUACCAUUUAAAAAUGCAUUAUCUUCUUAUGUGCAUUAACAGGCCAUAAUUGAGCUGUGGGGGUAAGAAUGAUAGUCAGCUGUAUGAUUUGCCUACCAGGCAAAAUGACAACGUUAAAAGAAUGCAGCUAUGUUCUUAAAAAUGUAUGUGAGGCUGAUUCUAAUGGUUGUCCCAAGCCAGUUGCUAGAUUUUCUGUUGUUCUGUUUCCAUGCAAAUCGCUCUCGGCACAGUCCGGAAUAGACCAAAUCAAAGGUGAGCAAUAAGGAAUAUUUUGUUUGAAUAUUUCCCCCUCCUGUUUCUGGCUUUCGGGAUGCUGCUUUGCAUAUUGUUGGAAGGAGAAGAGUUAUGAUUGUUCGUAUAGUUGAUCUUCAAAACAGUUUGAUCCCAUGGAAAUCUAAUAAAUUUAUGACUGAUA